GUGGAUGAUCGAAUAAUAAAAAAAAAAAACAUGGCGGCGCCCAUGGAUCAGCGGCAAAAUUAAAAACAUCUUCCUCGCAAUGACUUCAACGACUAAGGCAUUGAAAAUCUUGGUGAGUGGAGAUGUGGAGGGUCACUUUGACAAACUGUUUGGUCGUGUCAGUGCUAUACAGAAGAAAAGUGGCAGCUUUGAUUUACUGCUUUGUGUAGGAGAAUUUUUUGGGAAGACCAAUACUGAGUGGGAGAAAUACAAAUCAGGGCAAACUAAAGUACCCAUUCCUACAUUAAUACUGGGACCUUGUGAUGCAUCUCUCUCAGAUGUAUACCAGAACAACAAAGAUGGCCUAGAACUGUGUGAUAAUGUGACAUAUUUGGGAAGGAGGGGGACUUUUACGGGCAGUUCUGGACUCUCCUUGGCCUACCUGAGUGGGGUGGAGGGGGAGAGGUCAGACAUGGGCCACUUCACCAGUGAGGAUGUAUCUACCCUCCUGUUACCCAUAGAAAGCGACACAAAGUUCCGGGGAGUCGAUAUCUUACUGACUUCACAGUGGCCCAAAAAUCCCAGCAAAUACGCUUCUAGUGUGGAAGCUGACACAGAGAGUGGUGGAUCCAGCCUGAUCUCACAUCUAGCCGUACUGCUGAAGCCGCGCUAUCACUUCUGUGCUUGUCAGGACGUGUUUUAUGAGAGACAGCCAUACAGAAACCACAAGGUUUUGGCUGAGAAAGAGAAGCACGUUACAAGAUUUAUCUCCCUUGCCAAAGUUAAUAACUCUCAAAAGAAAAAGUAUCUGUAUGCCUUUAAUAUAACACCAAUGUGUAAUAUGGAGGAAGCUGAAUUAACAAGGCAGCCCCCUGACGUUACAGAGUGUCCUUACAGUAAAGAAUCAAUGGAAAAGCUUGUCAAGGAGGAAUCAGCACAACAGUUUUUCUUUGGUGAUACAAAAUCCCCAGAUAAAGGGAAAAAGAGGCCGAGAGAAGAAAAACGGGAACCAGGAUCUCAUAAAAAACAUCCCCGACCUUCAGGGCCAUGUUGGUUCUGCCUGGGGUCUCCAGAGGUUGAGAAACAUUUAGUGGUCAGUGUAGGAACAGAGUGUUACUUGGCCUUGGCUAAGGGAGGUUUAGUUCCAGACCACGCCCUCAUUUUACCCAUUGGUCAUCAUCAGUCUAUGGUUCUCGCUCCCGAUGAUGUCAGAGAAGAAAUCGACAAGUACAAAAAAGCACUAACUAAGUUUUACAAACAGACCAACAGAAGUGUCAUCUUUUUCGAGAGAAACUACAAGACACAGCAUUUGCAGAUUCAGGCUGUUCCAUUUCCUGAUGACCUUAAACAAGAAGCCAAGGACAGUUUCCUAGAGUGUGCCGAGUCAGAAUCAAUCAACCUUGAUGAAAUUCCGAAACACUCAGAUCUAAAACAGAUUGUGCCAGUAGGUGCUCCUUACUUUUACGCAGAACUUCCAACUGGAGAAAAGUUACUACAUCGAAUUUCUAAAAAUUUCCCACUCCAGUUUGGCAGAGAGGUCCUUGCCAGCGUCCAUCUGUUGAACAUGCCAGAGAGAGUUGACUGGAAGGUGUGUAAACUCCGGCGAGACGAAGAGGAGAGUCACGCUGAGGAAUUCAGAAAUCAAUUUGAACAGUUUGACUUUAACUUGCAGUGAAUUCAGAAAUUAAUUUGAACAUUUCGAUUUUAACUUACAGUGAAUUCAGAAAUCAAUUUGAACAGUUUGACUUACACUUACGUUGAAUUCAGGAAUCAAUUUUAACAGUUUGACUUUAACUUACAGUGAAUUCAGAGUGAAUUCAGAAAUCAAUUCAAAUAGUUUGACUUCAACUUACAGUGAAAUUAGAAAUCAAUUCGAAUAUUUGACAUUGACUAACAGUGAAUUCAGGAAUCAAUUUGAACUGUUCGAUUUAAACUUAGUGAAUUCAGAAAUCAAUUUGAAUAGUUUGACUUUAACUUACAGGGAAUUCAGAAAUCAAUUUGAACAUUUCGAUUUUAACUUACAGUAACAUAAUCUACUUAAUGCUUCUGAUCACUUCGACUUUAACUUGCAGUGACUUAAAUUACUUACUAGUGAUGAUGAGGAGUUGUUUUUAACAUUUUUAAUGUGGAAUGGGGUUUAGUUAUUGUAACCUUUCAAUACAAGACAACAAGAAAAUCAGAUUUCACCAUUGGAAAAAAAAAAAAGGAUUACAAAAGA